AUGUCCUCCGCUCCAGAUAUCGACCCGUAUGCGGUGUUGGGGGUGCCGAAACAUGCGCUUCUGCCUGAUAUCAAAUCCGCCCAUCGCAAGCUGGUGCUGAAAUGGCACCCCGACAAAAUCAAGGAUGAGUCACUACGCAGCAAGGCUCAGGAUGAGUUCCAGAAGGUGCAGCAGGCCUACGAGCUUCUUUCGGAUGACACCAGGAGAGCCAAGUACGAUGCGAAGGUGCGUUUGGCGGAGCUCCAGCGUGAAGCGAAGGCGAGGGGGGUCAACAUCACCACAUCAUCGCCCUACUCCGCCACCCGAGCAAGCGGCUCCGGCCAGCCCCGUGAGUAUCGCAAUGGCCGGAUAUACGAGGAGAGGACACCCGCCGAUACCUCCUACUUCGAUGACGAUGUUCAGUUCUCCGAGGGGUCGAGGUCAACGUCCCGCAAGCACGAUGACUUCAAAAAGCGAUACAGCAAGACGGAGGAGAAGAAGAAGAAAUCCAAGGCUGAUCCGAUCAGUGCGGCAGCUCGGGCGGCAGCUCAUGCGGCAAAGGAAUCGCGCGAGAGUCGCGACACUGCGAGAACGGCCCACACCGAUCGCGACAAGUUCCGUACCAGGGAACGAAAGCGGGAAGUCUUUGAGAAAAACGCACAGUCCUACUACGUCAAGGUCAAGCGGCCCUCGACUGAAAAGCGAAGCCGGGAGUCGUCUUCCCGCAAGGCCAAGCCAGAGUCAUCUCGCCGACGAGACCCUCCCCGCUACGAAGAGGAAUAUUCCGACGAGAAGCAUGUCAAGCUACAUAUGGACGCCAAGGAUUAUAUCCAGCGCUCCAAAGGGAGUGCGCCCAUAAAGGAGGUCGAUGGUCGGAAGCAAACGUCCCGUUCGCCCCCUCGCAACUAUGGCUACGAGUCAGCCGAUCCGGAGUCUUCCUCUUCACGGCACUCAGGUCGGACGAAACGGCCGAGCAAGGAGAGCGUGCGGACUUCCAGUUCCCGCAAUGGUUCGUAUGAGACGCUGGAGACUCAGCCGCGAUCCUACGAAGGCAAAGUACCGAGCAUGCCGACCGCGGCCACAUCACCCACAGUCAAGGUCUCUCCGUCCCUGCGUCCCUCUCUUCAGCCGUCCCGGUCUACAAGCGCCUCACAUCCUCAUGUCCGUUCCAAGGGCGGCUUUAGCCGCUCGGAACUUGCAGGCAUGGUCCAUGAGGCCACCUCGCGGACAGCAAAAUUGAGAUCGGAUAAAUUAUACGACUCCGGGUACUCGAGUCCGGGCACACCAGAGAUGGUCCCCGGGGAGAGUUCGCCCAAGACGACUCGGUACAAAGUGACAGAAGAUCCUGACGCGUUCCCGCCAGAUACCAGCAUCCCGCCACCACAGACGUCCCCGAGACAUGCGUACUCCCCGUCACGCCCCGAUCGCCCUGUGUCAGGGCGUCCGAUGCAGAAACCGCCUACGAGAAGUAACACUUACACCUACCCUGCGGAGCAUUCGCUCCGUUAUGAGGCAGUUCCUCGUCCAAGCGUCUCAAGACAGUCUUCCAGUCGACCUCCUCUCUAUGCUGAAUCCCGCCCGAAGGAGAAAGAUUACAACAAGUACGCACGCGAGAUUGGACCAGAUCAUGUCUCAACCCCCCGGGAUAGCUACAUGCGGAAACCUCACUACGACAGUAGUUAUGACAUCCCACACCUAAGCCGGCGGCCAUCUGCUUAUGCUUAAUGAUAAACGAAGACGACAGCAAAUGACAAGGGCCCGUCCCACGAUUCAACGCACGCUCACGAUUUUUGAUAAGCUUUAUUGAUAAAUUCAGUGAAGCACGCGCAUUUCUUUCUUCACUGGCACUCACCACAACCAUCUUCUCUCAUCAUUCCCGAGUCGCCGCAUCCAUUGACGUCUUCCAAGACUGCGUUCGACGCCAAUGGGUGCCCCUCAUCCCCUCCUCUCAGGAUAACAUUUAUCACCAUUGCCAUUAUCAUACAAUAUCUUCUUCGUCAUUGAGUGCCAUAAUUUGACCAUUCUCUCUCUCCUCUUUACUGUUUUCCUCUUUUCUCAUCUAUCCCCAUAUUACUGUUUUUAUUACCACAUUUCUUUUUUUUUUUUACUUUUACUUAACUGUCAUUAUGUCGGCGCAUGAACCGGUUUGAACCUGAUGCAUUUUCAAUUUGAUUCCUUUUUUUUUUUCUUUUUUCAUGCUGGGUC